AUGGCUCCGCGCCGCGGUGCGAUCGAAUCCCCUGAACCGGAAGAACCCUCUACCAGCUUAGUAUUCAACGAAGCUUUAUCAUGGCGCGCAGGAAAGCCCAUUGCGACCGAAACUCUCUUGAAGAGGCUUAAGAAGCUUGCGAGUGAGCUGCGGGAUAUGGAUCAGGAGGAAAUAGAUAAAUCAUCAUUGACAGUAGUGGCUAAAGAGCUCGCGGCGCAAAAUUUAUUGAAUCAUAAGGACAACGGAGUCAAGGCAUGGACAGCUUGUUGUUUAGUGGAUAUAUUGAAGCUUUGCGCUCCUGACGCACCAUAUACUAGUUCGCAGGUUAAGAACAUCUUCACCUUCUUCGUUGGUAUCAUUUUACCAGCCCUUGCCAAUCCUAGCCACCCAUACAACACCGAACACAAAUAUGUUUUGUCAUCUCUCUCAGAAGUUAAGAGUAUCGUUUUGAUGACAGAUCUUCCUAAUGCCGAAGAUCUUAUGCUCCAUCUUUUCAGCACCUUCUUCGAUAUAUGUUCCGGUUCUUUGAAGUCUUCUACAGACGAGCAAAUAAGCAAAGAUGUCGAAUAUAACAUGUCGCAAUGUUUGGUUACUUUGGUCGACGAAGCGCCAGUCGUGGGAGCACCAGUUAUCGAUAUUAUUGUUGCGCAAUUUCUACGAGCUGCUACACCUGGUGGAGGUAAGGGCAAGCAUGGUGCAAAGGCCGACGACAAGCAAUCUACACUGCUAUUGAAAGACCUCCCAGAAGCAUACAAUAUGGCAAAGACUAUCUGUAAUGAUUGCUCUGAUAAGAUGUCUCGUUACGUCAGUCAGUAUUUCAACGACGUUAUGAUGGAAGUUUCUACAAGUGGAGGCAAAUCGAACGGACAUCGAAAGGACGAUGCGGACUCAGAUGGAGAUGAUGCCCCAACAGGACCAUCAGAUCAGGAUUUGAAAGAACUCGAAAAGGCCCACAGACUUCUAAGAGAACUAUGGCGCGCAUCGCCUUCUGUUUUACAAAAUGUUAUUCCCCAAGUAGAGGCAGAAUUGUCAGCAGAGAAUAUACAAUUGCGCUUGUUGGCUACCGAGACUUUGGGAGAUAUCAUAUCUGGUAUUGGUGCUGCGGGACCACCGCCUCUUCCUAAUAUGGAUCCAGCUGCGUAUCCUCCCGUGCGACUUGAUGACUAUCCAGUAACGCCUAUCACAAGUAUUCUCGUCAAACCCAGUUCACCACAAUCCUUUUCUCAAACACAUCCAUCAGUUUGGCAUAGCUUCAUCGGACGAAAGAAUGACAAAUCACCAGUCAUUCGUUCAGCCUGGACCACAGCUAUUGGGCGAAUCUUGGUGACUGAGGCUGGAGGUAUUGGAUUGAACCGAGAAGACGAAGUUGCAUUGGUCAAGUCAUUAGCGGAGAAAUUAAAUGAUCCAGAUGAGAAGGUCAGAAUUGCUGCUGUGAAAGCUGUUGCAAGCUUCAAUUUGGUGGAUAUCAUGGAAAAACUUGUACCUAAUGGCCCGGUAGUCAAGUCCGGCUCUGUUCUUAGUAAUCUGGCAGAUCGAGCGAGAGACCGUAAACCUGCCGUUCGAGCAGAGGCCAUGACAACACUUGGUACGAUAUGGGGUGUAGCAACUGGUGAGAUUGCGGCAGGAAACGAGAGUGUGAUCGCGUCAUUGGGUGCUAUUCCUUCGAGAAUCUUCGAAGGUUUCUUUGCCAAUGAUUUAGAACUUAACGUUGUCUUGGAUCAUGUGAUGUUCGAACAGCUCUUACCUUUGACUUAUCCACCUUCCAAGGCCAAAAUUUCAAAGAAUAACGCUUCUCAAUCACAAUUAUCUUCCGAUGAACCAUUCGAUGCAGAUAAAAUUCGAGCAGAACGUAUUUUGCUGUUAGUUCGAUCCCUCGAUCCCAAGCCCAAGAAAGCUUUCUUCGCUAUACAGGCCCGAACAAAAUCAUACUCUGAUGUACUCGCUGCUUAUAUUAAGAAAUGCGAAGAUUUCAACGGCGGAGUGACCGAAGGUGAUGCCGCAGAUGUUAAACAGAAACUUGGCGCAGUUAUUGAGUAUCUUCUUCAAUUCCUUCCAGAUCCUUUACGUACUAGUCAAGAUUUACAUAAGUAUGCGAAGCUCCAUGAUCGAAGAACUUAUCAACUUUUACGGUACACGAUGGAUCCUAAGAGCGAUUUCAAAACUGUUCACAAUGCGAUCAAAGAAUUUUCUAAGCGGAUUGAAGCAGCACCCAAUGCUCCAGCUGGCCUUCUCGACACUCUAACGCCUAUUAUUUACCGUUCUGCCUUUUUGGUAUACAAUCGGAGUCACUUGCCUGCCAUUCUCCAGUAUUCCAGAACGGAUGAUAAAGGAUUGGGUGCUACUGCUCAGGAGGUCAUGAACGAAAUUUCCGAAAAGAAUCCACAGGUCUUGACUGCGAAUAUCAAGGAGUUAUGCAAGACUUUGGAAGAUGAGGCACCAACAGAGACUAAAGAAAAUGAUCCAGGUACUGUGGCAACUUUGAAAGCAUGUGCAGUAUUUGCCAAAAGCAAAACCGAAUCGAAAUCACUUCCCAAAGAUCGCAAGUUUGCUCAAACAUUAGUCAGUUAUGCAUCAUUCGGAACAGCACCUCGAGCUGCAAAAUAUGCGAUCACUCUUUUGAUGGCUGCCACUGAUCGAAAAGAAAUGCAUGCGAAGGAUCUUUUGGAGAAGUCAACAAAGGAGUGGAAGUAUGGGGAAGGCCAUUUUUUGACCAAGCUAGCAGCUAUUAGUCAAUUGCAACUAUUGUCGCCUAAAAUUGCGGAUGAUUUUAGUGAUGAGAUUCUUGAAAUUACCACCCAAGAGCUUCUCCUGCAAGUUCGAACUCCAGCCAAAGAUACCGAUCCCAAAUGGCAGAAUGAUGAUGAGCUAGACGAAGAAUGCCAAGCCAAAUGUUGGGCCUUGAAGAUCCUAGUUAAUAGGUUGCGUACAGUUGAAGAAACAGAAGUCAAAACUGUUGCACAACCAGUCUUCAAGGUUCUCAACAAAUUGAUUGUGGACAAUGGAGAGCUUUCGAAGCAGCAGGACACCCCCAGACAUCAUAAAUCUCGUUUGAGGUUAUUAGCUGCACAGUUAAUGCUCAAGCUCUGCACUACUCCAAUUUUUGACGAAAUCCUAGCUCCUGCUCAGUUCGACCGUUUAUCUUUCGUAGCACAAGACGAACAUCCCAAUGUCCGAAAAGCUUUUAUUGAAAAACUCCAAAAGUAUUUGGUCAAGGAUAAGCUUCCAGAUCGGUUUUACACCAUCAUUUUCUUGACUGCUUUCGAACCCGAAAUAAAUUUCAAGAACUCAAUCAUCACAUGGAUUCGUUCUCGUGCUAAAGUCUUCGUUGACUCCAAGACUAUGGUAUUGGAGAAAACUCUGCCACGACUUUUAUCGUUAUUAGCCCAUCACCCUGAUUAUAGCACUGAUCCUGCCGAGCUUAUUGAUCAUGCUCGUUAUAUACUAUACUAUGUGUCUUCUGUUGCCUCGGAAGAUAACUUGGGUCUUAUUUACAAAUAUGCUCAAAGUGUCAAGCAAGCUCGAGAUGCUAUCAACCCAGCUGAAUCUGAAAAUCUUUACGUUUUAAGUGAUCUCACACAAGCUGUGAUUCAGAAAUGGGAAGCCAAGAAGGGUUGGACUAUGCAAUCCUAUCCAGCUAAAGUUAGAGUUCCAGCCAAGUUGUUCGGUGCUCUUCAGUCUCAUAGUAUCGCGCAAGAGAUUGCGGAAAAGAAUUACAUACCCGAGGAAUUGGAUGAAGAAUUAGACAAGUUGGUCAGAAAUGCGGAUAAGAAGAAGUCACAAAAACGGAAAUCUAUCGAUGAUUCAUCUCUCCCCAAUGCUAAGAAACAGAAAUCUGAAGGGAGACCUAGAUCCACAGCUUCCAAGAAAGAGAGAGUCGUCAAGACUCCCAAACCAAAGAAGAUUAAAGAGCCAAGAACGCCAGCAAUCAGCAGUGCAGAGAGAAGGAAGAGUGGAAGAGGCGUUGCAAGUGCGAAAAAGAGUUAUAUUGAUAGGGAUGAUAGCGAGGAUGAAGAUGAAAUGUUGGAAGGUGUUAGUAAAUGGGACUAUUUUGAUGAAGAUGGUAAUAGGGUGGAGCCUGAGGAAGAAGAUGAAGAAAGUGAUGCUGAACUGGAAGAAGAUGCCGGCGAUAUCGAGGAGGAAGAAGAGCCAGUACCUAAAUCAACAGGAAAGGGCAGGGGAAAACCCAAGGCAAAGACACCUCAGAAGUCAACUCGCCUUGUCGAAGAAGAUGCAGAACAAUCAGACGUCGCUAUGGAAGAUGAAGUCGAACCACAAGCAGAAUCCGAAGCAGAACCAACAUCGCCACAACCCAAACGUGGAUCAAGAACAGCAUCGGCGAAAAAGAAGCAAUCGCCUAGGGUGGCCCCGAGGGCUGCAUCUAGCGUCACGUCCCCAGCUCCUGCAAGUGAGGAUGAGGCUGAGGUUGAAGUCAAUGUUGAGGUAGAAGAACAAGAGGAUGUUGAUAUGGAAGGAGAGCCUGUAUCUUCGCCUCCGAAACGCGCCUCUAGAUCAACCAAAGCAACACCUAAGACUAAGAAAUCGAAUGGCAAGAAAGUCGCACCGCGGGAAGAAGAGGUCGAGGAGGAGGCCCAACCAGAUAAAAAUAAUGAAGUGGAAGCUGAAGCUGAAGCGGCAGUACCUACUCCUUCUCCUAAACCCGCCAAGUUGAAUGCCAAGAAUUCUAGAGCGACUGGAAGGGGAAGAAGUGGUAGGAGAGGUGCGAAAGCUGCAAGUCCGGAGCCAGAAGUUGAAGCUGAAGUCGAAGUCGAAGAAGAAGAAGAAGAAUCUCCUACUGCUGAUGCGGAUGUAGAAAAUGAAGAAGAGGAUGUAGAAAUGGCUGAGCCUGAAGUACAAGCUGAAACCGAAGAAGAAGUCGAAGAACCUGAACCAAAAGCUAACGGCAAGAAAACUCGCGGUGGUAAGAAAACUAAGUUGCCUGUUCAAGUGAAGGAGAAGACCGAGAGACAGGUGUUGAAAUCGACGAGGAAUACUAGAGGGAGGGUUCAGGAAGUUGCAGAGGAAGAGGUUGUUGAGGAGGAUGUAGAGGAAGAAGCAACGGAGGAGGUAGAAGAGGAGGUCGAGGCGCCAGAGGUGAAGGAGAGCGCGAAGGGCGGCAAGGGACGGAAAACCAAGGAUGUAGUUGGGAGGGGGAGGAACACGAGGGGAAGAGCUAAGUGA